UCACUCAUUUACUUGGACAUCACAAUUGUGUUAGGGCACCCAUUGAAGUUGUGUUAGGGUUGCUGGGAAACAUGUUUAAGGAUAGCUCAUCAUGUUUCAUUUCUUUAAUUUUAGGGCUUGUAAUAACACUAUCAAGUGUUACUCCGGAAGUUGAGGCUAGGGCUUUCUUUGUUUUUGGUGAUUCGUUAGUAGAUAAUGGCAACAAUAAUUAUCUUGUAACCACUGCUCGAGCUGAUGCACCGCCGUACGGGGUCGAUUAUCCAACUCAUCGGGCUACUGGACGUUUCUCUAAUGGCUUGAACAUCCCUGAUCUCAUCAGUCAGGCAAUUGGCUCGGAACCCACAUUGCCAUACUUGAGUCCUGAGCUCAGGGGAGAAAAACUACUUGUCGGAGCCAACUUUGCCUCUGCUGGAAUCGGAAUUCUCAAUGAUACUGGAAUUCAGUUUCUCAACAUCAUCCGAAUCGGCCGACAAUUGCAAUACUUCCAACAAUAUCAGCAAAGGGUUAGUGCACUUAUUGGAUCUGAGCAAGCUCAACGAUUGGUCAAUCAAGCUCUAGUCCUGGUGACCCUAGGCGGCAAUGACUUUGUUAACAACUACUACUUGGUGCCCUUUUCUGCAAGAUCUCGCCAAUUCGCCCUCCCUGAUUAUGUUGUCUAUCUCAUCUCCGAGUACCGCAAGAUUCUAGUGAGGGUAUAUGAAUUGGGUGCACGUAGGGUUUUGGUGACGGGGACCGGACCAUUAGGUUGCGUUCCAGCGGAGAGGGCGAUGAGGAGCAGAAAUGGUGAAUGUGCGGCAGAGCUGCAGAGAGCAGCUGCCUUGUUCAACCCACAACUUGUGCAAAUGUUAAUGGAACUCAAUAGGGAAAUUGGAUCGGAUGUUUUCAUCGCUGCCAAUGCUUUUGAUGCGAACAUGGAUUUCGUUACUAAUCCUCAGGCAUAUGGAUUUGUGACGUCGCAAGUUGCAUGUUGUGGACAGGGACGUUUCAAUGGGAUAGGACUGUGUACUAUAGCUUCCAACUUGUGCCCUAACAGAGAAAUCUUUGCAUUUUGGGAUCCAUUCCAUCCAACUGAGAGAGCUAACAGAAUCAUUGUUAGCAGCAUCGUGACUGGCAGCACCAAGUAUAUGAACCCGAUGAAUCUCAGCACCAUCAUGGCCUUGGAUUCUAUGGUUUAAUUAUUUAGAUAAUCACAACUGGUUUAUUUCUUAUAAUUGAUCAUUAAGAACAAUUAUAUUCUUCUUGAUAUCGUUUGUAUCUUAAUUACGCGAGUUUAGUGAGUUUGUGCGAAGCAUAAAUUAAGGUUUGGUAUAUGUAAUUGGCUGAUGUGGUCUCUGUAUUGGUGCCAGAAACAUGUAAUGAGAUGGUAAAAUAAGUAUUUAUGCGCCUUAA